UGUCAGUUUUUUAUUUAUUUAAUUUAUUUGACUUAGGCAUCAUCUGAUUCCAAUUGACAUUGGACAGCUCAGUUUUAAUAAAGAUUGGCAACAGAUUCCAACUCCUGAACUGUUUUCUCAUAUCUCAUUUGUACCAAAACACUGGACUUGUUAGAUAGAGGGUACCACAGUGGAAUAGAUGUAGAGGUAAUUACUGUACUUAAGAACUGCCAUCCAGCUGUUGUUUAGUCAGUAUCAUAGCAUGCUUCUCAGUCGUUUGGAGGAAGCACAUAUAUAAAUUAAAAUUCUGGUCUACUGGGAUUUGCUUCCUUGUUUGUUCAAAGUGAUUAAGUGUUAAAAUUUGCAACCACUAACUGAAUAAUUUCUGUUGAAAAAUGUACACACAAGUUAACUACAACUUUCUUUUUUCUUUAGGGGUCUUGGCAUCCAGUGUUGUUCUGGUUCUGUCACAACGAUCACUUUUCAAGUUUUAUAUGAUCAGCUCUGCUUUUCUGCUAGCUGCAACAUCAGUGUUGGUGAACUAUUACGCUUUUUUGCACAUAGACUUCCACAGUGCCUAUUACACAACAGCUUUUGGAGUUCAGCUCCUUCCUCAUAAAGGACCCUCCUUAUGGAUGGCACUCUCUGUCCUUCAGCUUGUCUUUGGAAUUGGCUAUGUUGCUCUCUUAAAUAUUGAGUCCAUAUAUUCUCAACUAAUCAUCCUGGAUUUAUUGAUUCCCGUUGUAGGCUUCAUCAUCGACUUACCUUUACACAUCAGGCAGAUUUUAGUCUUUACAUCAGGUUUCAUUUUGACAUUGCACAGCCUGGCUAUUUUAUUUACUAAAAUGAAAUGGUUCUACUAUUCCACAAGGUAUGUCUAUCUUCUUAUAAGGCAUAUGUAUCGCAUUUAUGGAUUACAGUUGUUGCUGGAAGAUACGUGGAAAAGGAUUCGUUUCCCAGCUGUGUUGCGUAUUUUUUGGUUAUCAAGACUCACAGUUCAAGCUGUUGUGCUGCUUUAUGUCAUCAAGGUAACUGAAACAGAUCCAAGCAUGAAAUUCUACAUGAUUUCUUGGGACAGUUUCUGGGAAUUACUUUGCAGCCUUAUUAUCAGUGGAUGUGAUUCCACUUUAACUGUGUUAGGCAUGAGUGCUGUAAUUUCAUCUGUGGCACAUUAUCUCGGGCUUGGCAUUUUGGCCUUUAUUGGCUCUACAGAUGAAGAUGACAGGAGGCUUGGUUUUGUGGCACCAGUUUUAUUUUUCAUUUUAGCCCUGCAGACUGGCUUAAGCGGGCUAAAGCCAGAGGAGAGACUAGUCCGCUUAAGUCGAAACAUGUGCCUUUUGCUUACUGCAGUCCUACAUUUUAUCCACGGGAUGACUGACCCUGUGCUCAUGUCUCUGAGUGCCUCCCACGUGUCCUCACUUCGCAGACACUUCCCUGUGCUUUUUGUCUCAGCUUGCCUCUUUCUUCUUCCAAUUUUGCUUAGCUAUAUCCUUUGGCAUCACUAUGCAUUAAAUACAUGGCUGUUUGCUGUUACAGCGUUCUGUGUGGAACUCUGCCUCAAGGUCAUUGUUUCUAUCACUGUGUAUGUAUUGUUCAUGAUAGAUGGCUACUAUAAUGUUUUAUGGGAAAAGCUGGAUGAUUAUGUCUACUAUGUUAGAUCAACAGGCAAUAUUAUUGAAUUUAUAUUUGGAGUAAUAAUGUUUGGAAAUGGUGCUUACACCAUGGUAUUUGAAUCAGGAAGCAAAAUCCGGGCUUGUAUGAUGUGUCUACAUGCCUAUUUCAACAUUUACCUGCAAGCAAAGAAUGGCUGGAAAACUUUCAUAAAUCGCAGGACAGCUGUUAAGAAAAUCAACUCCCUUCCUGAAGUCAAAGGAGAGCGACUACGUGACAUAGAUGAUGUGUGUGCAAUCUGCUACCAUGAGUUUACUACAUCUGCUCGUAUUACUCCAUGUAACCAUUAUUUCCAUGCGCUUUGCCUUCGGAAAUGGCUCUAUAUUCAGGACACUUGUCCAAUGUGCCAUCAAAAAGUUGAUAUUGAUGAGAAGGAGAAUGCAAAUCUCUCAAAUAAUAAUGCCUUCGUUGCACUCGAUGAAAAUGAACCUAAUGAAAAUCCUGCCCUGGGAGAAGCAGCUGCUGCUGAAAACGAACUAAAUAAUGACAGUACGGAGAGUGAAGAAGAGACGGAGAGCUCAGCUCAGUCUGUGCCACAGUACCCGAACAACACUCUGAACUCUGACCCUGACCUUGUGCUAGUUUAAAAUGGCAUAUCCUGAACACUGUGGGUGUUUGUGGAGUUCAGCAUUGGAAUAAAAGCUUCACUUCAUCAACUAAGCACAAGAACACUAUGUCAAAAUGUUGAAUCUGUGAAUGAGUUGUCAGUUUACUGUGAUGUGCUACUGUAAAUAUGGCUUGUAUUAAUGCUGGUCUCUUUUGCGACCACUUUAAACUUUAUGUACAUUAUUGUACAU